AUGCAGCUUCUGGGGGUGAACCCCAACGGCGCCUGGCAGCUGGGGACCUCCAGCGCUUCGCUGGGCGUCACGCCGACCGCCGAGACGCCGCGUGGGGAGGAUGAGCGCUUGUGGGUGCUUGCUGUCAUCUCAGCUGUCACCUUGAUCCUAUACGCUCUCCUCUUGCUGACACUUUACAUCAUGCUCAGCAGGAAAAUAGCCAGCCAUUCCUGCAGCAAGCAGGCGAGCAGCAGCCCUGCAGCGCAGCCCCGGCAGCCUCCGACCUCUUCAGCAGGAGGGGAAGGGGUACAAAGACCGACCUACAUGGGGAGCAGCGACACGUCUUCAGAGACCUCGGAUGACUCGGACAGCAGCCCUUCCAGCCCGCAGGUACGGCCGUGGCAGAGAGCCUUUGCCAAGAAAGAAAAGCUCAAUUACACCUCCCUGGUUUUCCCGGGGAAAGGCUGCGGGCCAGGCUCCACCAGCGACUACGAGAACAUGAAGACCGGGGCGGACUACGUCAACGUGGACCCAAAGAAGAGAAAAGCAGAUUUCUGGACCUGCUCCAGCCCCGUGGCAUCCAAGUCCACCGAGUACACCGAGGUGAAGCUGUGA